CUCAACUCAAUCGAAUCUCAACUUCAACUCUCCUCUCCUCAAUCUUGACAAUUGUACUCUAUCCUGUACAAUUACACAAUUACUACAAUCCCCAAUCAAACUUGUACUGUACUCAUACUCUUGAUACGGGCCUGUACUGUCGCUACACAAUAUUGCGCCUCUUCCCAGGAAUCAAGCCUAGAGGACCUACCUAGAGACACACAGAGACAUACACCAGCCAUACAUACACCCAUACACCACACACCCCGGCGCCUUUUCAGCUGGCCUUGCCUUGCCUCGCCUUGCCUGCCUUGCCAAUCUCAUCUCCAAAGCUUGCCCUGUCACUCCCAAGACUCAUCCGAUCUUGUCCUCGUCCUUCCCUCUCAAACUCAUCCACUUACACACACACACCCACUGACUACCUUUGUCUCAACUCUGAUACUACUCCUACUACUUUUAUACUUAUCCCCUUAUUAUCCAUCUGUGGCGGAGGGUAUUGCAUUGCAUUGGCACCAGUCCCUAUACUGAUUACACUAUAUCGGCCUGCUCCAACAAAGUGGCUUGCAACGAAUACACACACGCACUCCCCCAUCACGACCCCAAACAAAACAAAAACCGACACAUACACACAUUCCCCAAACAAACCCUCACCAGCAACCCCAUCGGCCGGAACUAGAAACGACAUCCGCACCGUUGCGCCAACCUGUACCACCACCCACGCCGCGCCUGCCUCGUCUCGCAAUUGGCAACCCCGAGCUCUCCACCAGGGGAGCCAGACAAUGAAGCGUUGAGCCCAUCUACCUAGUUCGGAUGCCCCUCAAGAAGCGCGACCUACACCCAUCCAACCACACCCACCCGCAGCAUUGGCUCUCAUGGAGUCCUCCGACCCAGGAUCCGCUUCUACCACGGCCCCAACAGCGCUCAUGAGGAACAACAACAUCCCCGACUCCGCGCCGCCGCAGCCGCCACCGCUGCUCGCGGCCAGCACACCCCCCACUCCCGACCAAUCGACCGCGCGCCCAUUGAAGCGCAGCCGCAUCGACUCAUCGCCCAAUUCCGCCACUGUCGGCGCCAUCGCCGACGCAGGCCUCACCGCCUCUCCACUCGCCAAGUCGCCACGCUUCGGCACGAGCGUGUCGCCGCGAGCCUCGCCUGGUGCGGCGGCCAUCGACGACGAGCGCGAGCGCCUCCGACGAUCGGAGGCGGCGAAGAAAGCGCCUGGAGAGAACCCAGGCCAUAAAGUUAUAUCAGCGCUCAUCUCCGGAUCAGGCGGGCGCCAGGACGCGCCAGCAGCGACGACGACGAUGAGCGAAGGGAUGGAGGUAGCGGCGAAUGCGAUCUCGAUCCCGAGCCCGCUGCACUUUGAGGAUAAAUCACAGAACAGCCCUGCGAGCGUGACGAGUCUCGGGAGCAUGGCAAGCACGGCGCAGACGGCUACGGCGAGCACGACGGGGAUUACGAGUCCGUCGAAUAUGAUGAAUAAUCCGGGAGAAGGAGGGGAGCAUCGGGAUAAUGGCGCGAAUGGUGGCGGCGAGCCGCAGAGCGAUAAGCCGUCAGCACGCGCAUUCACAUUCCCCGGCAACGCACUCGCGCGCCCCGAAGGCCUGCGCGACCCCAUGCGCGGCCUCUCCCUCCCAAUGUCCGGUCUAAACCCGCGCUCGCCCUCACAUAAGAAACAUAAAUGCCCGUACUGCGACACGGAGUUCACGCGCCACCAUAACCUCAAAUCCCACCUCCUCACGCACAGCCAGGAGAAGCCGUACGUCUGUAACACGUGCCAGAUGCGCUUCCGCCGACUACACGAUCUUAAGCGGCACAGCAAACUUCAUACCGGCGAACGACCCCAUAUCUGCCCCAAGUGCGAUCGCAAGUUCGCGCGCGGCGACGCGCUGGCGCGGCACGCGAAGGGGCAGGGGGGGUGUGCGGGUCGCAGGGCGAGUAUGGGCAGUUUUGGCGGCGAUGAGGAGUAUGACGACUCGCAUAUGGGAGAGGAUGGAGGGAUGGAGGGGGUGCUGUAUGCGGAGCCCGUGGAGGGGGAUGUGGAUGAGGGGGAGGAGGAGAGGAGGUAUAGUUUACCGAGUAUUAAGGCGCAGCAUGUUGAUGGCAGCGGUGGCGGUGGUGGUGGGGGAGGGCAGGAUCCGUAUGCGCCACUCAUGAGGAACGCGCCGAAUACUUAUCCGCCUCCUGGACCGCGACGGGGGCAGUCGGGACCGACGUCUUUUCAUCACCUGGCGCAGGGGGAACAUGGGAGUGGUAGUACGGCGGGGUCGACGGUGCAGAGUUCAAUGGGGGGUGUGAGUUCACAUACGACUAUGUCUACUGCGCCUAGCACUGGGAGUGUCGCCGGGACCAAUAAUAACGGCAACAAUAACAACCCCAUGCUCUUCGCACAAACACCCAUGACCGAAUCCCCGAAACCAAUCAGCCCAGGCGCUAUGUCCUCCCUCCAACUCGGCCAUGACCCGGCAUCUAUCGCCGGAUCGUCGUUGAACCGCCAGCGCUCACCUAGUCUUGCUACGCAGGUCCAGCAGAGGGAUUUUGGACGCAGACAACAGCAGGGGGAGAGGAUGGGAUCGACGGGGGGACAGGGACCGAAAUUACCUGCGCUUAGUGGGUUGGCGCCGCCGGAGGCGAGGUUUAUGGUUCCUAGCCAAGCGGGCGCCAACGGCACAUCCACUUCUACCUCCUCCUCUACUGCGGGAUUCCGUGGACAGCCAGGAAUGCAGCAACAGCAGCAGCAAGGAGGUCCGGACGCGAGUAACAACCUCUUCUCCUCUGAACGCGGGGUGUGGACGUAUAUACAGUCUCUUGAAGAAAAGGUUGAUCGGCUCACGGAGCGCGUGGUGGGGAUGGAGGGGGUGGAGAGGCGGCAGGAGGAGAGGAUUAGGAAGUUGGUGGAGGAGGUGGAGGGGUUGAGGGGGGCGGGGAGGCCGGGGUUGAAUAGGACGGGGCGGAACAACAAAACCACACCAGGGGACGAGGAAAAGGACAAUCUGGACUGGACGGAUUACUUCGUCGGCCUGACGGGGGAACUUGGCGGUGCGCCGUACGAACCGAGAGCUCCUACCGAGUACACGACUGCUUCUCCUCCUACGCCGGAAUCGCGCACGAAACUGCCGCCGAAGAGAAGAGAGGGACGAGAUAAACGCACAGAGCUGAUGACGACGAUGGCGGUGGAGAAUGGGAUACCGAGUGUUGCGGAGCCGGAGGUGAGGGAGGAGAGGGAGGAGCCGGUGAAGGGGUUUGAGGAUGCGGUUGUGGAGGGGGAGGGGGAGGUGAAUGGGCGGGAAGAGGGGGUGAAUGGACAUGGAGAGGAGGGGGAGACGGUGCUGCCGAAGAGUUUCGCGGAGGUUGUGAUUGAGGGGGCUAAGGAGGGGGCGGACGAGGGGGAGAGUACUGCGACAAAUAGACAGAAGAAGAGUACUGGGGAGACGAAUCGAGGGAAGAAGGGCACUGCUACGAAUGGGGAUAAGAAGGGACGCGCCGACGAGAGGAAUGGCGACAGAAAGGGACGGAGAGAGCAAGCAAACAACGACGACGGAGGCAAAAGCUACGCUGCAGCACUCCUCCAACCCCCCAAACCCACCACCCACCCCCGCCGCUCCAAACCCUCAACCCGCCGCCCCCCCUCCCACCAACACACCCACAGCGCCGAGCUCUACGAAGACACCGAAUUCGAAGACUCGGACAUCUUCACCAACUACCCCUCCACCCGCUCCCCCUCCCACUCCACCGAGCACCUCGUCUCCAUCAAACCCCUCUCUCGCUCUUCCUCCCCCGCGCCCGCCGACGACCCAAACCCAAGACGCACACGCACGCUCACCUCCGGGCGCGAAGCGGGGAAGAACUGGCACGUGUCGAAGAUUCGGUUCGCGCCGCUUAAUAUCCCCUUACAGAGACGGCUGCAGACUGCUAUGGUCUUAGCGCAUACGCUGUGUAUUGCUUUGCUGAUAGGGACGUUUUUGUUCGCCUGCGCGAUUCCGCUGCUGUGGCCGCUGAUUGUGCCGUAUAUGGUGUACGUCAUGUUUUCCAAGGCUGGUUAUAGCGGGGAGCUGAGCAUGCGGUCGCCGCGGUUGAGGGGGAGUAAGUUGUGGUCCCUUUUCGCGGGGUAUUUUCCUGCACGCUUGCAUCGCACGGUGGAGCUGAGCCCGACGAGGAAGUAUAUCUUUGGGUAUCAUCCGCAUGGGAUUAUCAGCCAUGGCGCGUUCGCAGCGUUCGCGACGGAGGCGUUGGGGUUUGCGCAGUUGUUUCCGGGGAUUACGAAUUCGCUCCUUACGCUGGAUAGUAAUUUCCGCAUCCCGUUUUAUAGGGAGUAUAUCCUUGCUCUGGGGCUCGCGAGCGUGAGCAGACAGAGUUGUGAGAAUUUACUUAGUAAGGGGGGCGUGAAUGGGGAGGGGAUGGGGAGGGCGAUUACUAUCGUUGUUGGUGGCGCGAGGGAGUCGCUUGAUGCGAGACCGGGAACGCUGAGGCUGGUGCUGAGGAGGCGGUAUGGGUUCGUCAAGAUGGCUCUCCGCACCGGCGCUGAUCUCGUCCCCGUCCUCGGAUUUGGGGAGAACGAACUGUACGACCAAUUCAGCGUCGAAAACCGCCCCUGGAUCAGACGAGGCCAGGACUUGCUCAAGCGCACCUUAGGUUGGACGCUCCCUUUGUUUCAUGCGAGGGGGGUGUUUAAUUAUGAUGUUGGGCUGGUGCCAUACAGGCGCGCGGUAAAUGUGGUAGUGGGGAGGCCGAUUCCGGUGACGCAGAAUAGGAUGCCGAGUGUGGAGGAGGUGGAGGAGUUGCAUGAGAGGUAUUGUGAUGAGUUGGUGCGGUUGUGGGAGACGUGGAAGGAUGAUUUUGCGAAGGGGAGGGCGGAGGAGAUGAAGAUUGGUGAUUAGGGGGUUGUUAUGAGGAGGGGGAGGUGGGAUUGAGGAUGGAACAUUCCUUGGGAAAAUUGAUGGAGCAGACAUGGAGCGAGUAUUGGGAGCAUGAUUGCUUGGGGAUUUUACUCGAGCAGUUGAUGGACUGAAGGAGAUAGGAGGCUUCAUCUUUCUGUACUCUUUAUUGUUUCUCCUAUUUCUCCCAUCUCAGGGGACGUCUCGCCCUGCGGAUUUCACGGGCAGAAAUAUAUAUGUAGUACAUAAAUUACCAUAUAAUCAUAUGGAACUCGAUAUUUAUAUACCAUA